UCAGCUCCUGCUGCUGUCCUGCUUAGUCUCAGCUGUGUGGUUCUCAGCGUGUUUAUUCUCUGCUUCCCAGUGACCAGUGGACAAGGCUAAAUUUCUCAUUUCCUCCAGGGAGGCUGGGGAGAGGCACGGGGCACGGAGAGGAACUCGUAUUUAUUGCUGUCCCCUGUGGCUCCCUCCCCAGCCUCCGCCCCCUCCUGCAGCCACAUGGCCCUCUGGCUUCUUCCUGCAGCCACCAGCCCAGGCAGGCGGUGCCUCAUCUCGUCUCUGGGGCCACAGAGCCUGGUCCAGGGCUCACCCUCCACUUCUUCUCACCUCCCGGCCGUGCAGUUGAAUGAGAGCUGCUGAGGCUCACCUCACCUAGGAGGCUGGGGAGAUCUGCAGUGCAGUGCGGGUUCAGUCCUGGAGCCGGGAAGCCACAGGAGAGCGAGGUGUCGGCUGUCACCCUGGCCUGGUCCCCAGCCCUGCCCGCUCUUCUUGCUGAGCUGUGUCUCCUGUGGCCUGAUCAACUGCUGUCUGCCAAGCACUCGUGGGCACAGAAAGACAGGAAGGAAGUCACUCUGCAGAUAGCAGAUUGUCCUGGUCCGGGUACAGAAGGCUGGGAUCACUCAGGCCGAAAACUGCCGUGAAGAAUGCGGUCCCCAGGGAGGUCCCCGCUGUGCCUGGUGCUCCUGGUCAUGUGUUUCUCCAGGGCACUGAGCUGGGAUCUGGAGGCGGCUUGUCCUUUGGUGCUACGUGAACCGGACCUCGCAGAUGUGGAGCUGCUAAGGCCAAGGCGUGCGGCUGCCCUGAGCCCUCUAGCGGUGGAUGAGCACACUGUGGAUGUGGAGAUCAGCUUGGAGAACGUGUCCGCCCUGGAGUCUCUCAAAACUCAGCUGCGCAGCCUCAGUUUUCCAAUUCAAGGAAACAACACUGACCCAGCAACUGACAUUCUGAGCAUAGAGGUGACAACAGUCUGCACGCCCACUGGAAACGAAAUCUGGUGCACCUGUGAGUCAGGCUAUGAAUGGCCUCAGGAAAGGUGCCUCCACAAAACUGUCUGUCAGGAGCCUGAUAGUGUCUCCUCAGGGAAUGCCUGCAGCUGCCUGAAAGGACUCCCUCCCCAGGGUCCUUUCUGCCAGCCCCCAACAGUUCUUACCCUGAAAAUGAAACUCAGACUGAAUGUGGGUUUUCAAGAAGACCUCCUGAACACGUCCUCUGCCCUCUACCGAUCCUACAAGACCGACCUGGAAAGAGCAUUCCAGGAGGGGUACAGGAUUUUACCAGGCUUCAGAUCAGUGGCUGUGACGCAGUUCACCAAUGGCAGUGUGGUUGUGAGUUAUGAAAUCAAGACUACAACGCUCCCCCCUGGACUAAUCCAAACUGCCAACGAGCAAGUGCUGCAGAGCCUGAACCAGACCUACAGAGCGGACGAAAACUCCUUUCAAGGGUUUAACAAUGAAACCAAGAUAAUCACCAUCCCAGCAGUCAUCUUGGAAGGGGACACGGUGAUACUAGAGUGUGAAAAUGUGGUGCUGUCCUCCAAUGUGUCCUGGUUCUAUGGACAAAAGUCCUCCAUCCUCACCACACUCCAGAACGACAGCAGAUACUCCAUCUGCACCACUGUGCAGCUGACCUCCAUGUCUCGGCUCACCAUCAUCAACUUCACCAAGGAAGAUGAAGGUAUCUACAUUUGCAAACUGGUCGUAGAUAUCUUUGAAUUUGAGAAAGAAAAAUACAUCAAUGUGACUCCCAUCCAGAUUUUGGCCAAUGACACGACAGAAGUGAAGUGUGACAACAGGUCCGUGUUGCUGAGCUGCUGUAGUGAGAACAAAGUGAGCUGGAGCGCGAUAGAGUGGAAGCAAGAAGGCAACGUGAGCAUUCCAGGACAUGAGGACCAGGACCUGGACUCCGGCUGUGGCAGGUACACCCUGCAGGCCAACAGGACCCAGUGCCCAGCGACAGUCAACUUCACGUGCGAGUUCACCAGCAGCUAUGGAGCCAGGGGCAGCAAAACCAUAGAAGUGACAUUCGUCCCUGUGGGAGAUAAUCCCACCCACAAAGGGGAAGUGCACGAGCUCUUGAGGCACACGACGGAAGGGAGUACAGUUCAGAGUGCCACCAGCAGCAGCCUAGCAACCCCGAGAGCCCGGGAGCAGCCAGCCAAACUAACAAUAACCCCGGACCCAAUUUCUGUUUCUGAGGGACAAAGCUUUUCUAUAAAAUGCACCAGCAAUGUGAGUAACUAUGAUGAGGUGUAUUGGAACACUUCUGCUGGAAUUAAGAUACACAAAAGGUUUUAUGCCACGAGGCAGCAUCCUGGCGGAACCGAGUCAGUGCUGACAGUGCAGACGUCGACCAGGGAGUGGAACGGAACAUACCACUGCAUAUUCAGAUAUAAGAACACAAGCCACGAGGCCACCAAAGAUGUCACUAUUCACCCACUGCCUCUGGAGCCAAACAUCAUGAUUGAUCCUCUGGAAGCCAGUGGUUUGUGCUCGGAUUCUCAUCACUUCAGGUGCUGUGUGGAGGAGGAUGAGGAAUACAAAGUGAUGUUCGAAAUGGAGUCUUCCUUCUUUCCUGCUGCCAAAGAAGUGAAGGGAAAGCAAGUGUGCUACAAAUACAGCUCCACGGCAAACUCAGUCUCCCAGUGUCCAAAAAAAGUCGAUGUGUUCUGUCACUUUACGAAUGCUGCUAACAGCUCGGUCCGCAGCUCUUCCAUGAAGCUGGCUCUGGUUCCUGGGGAGAAUGUCACAUGCCGAGACCCUGCCAUCGGCGUUGGAGAGCCUGGAAAGGUCAUUCAGAAGCUGUGCAGGUUCUCAGACAUUCCCAGGAGCUCCGACAGCACCACUGGUGGGACUGUCACUUACAGGUGUGUGGGCUCCCAGUGGCAGGUGGAGAGGAAGAGCUGCAUCUCCGCCCCCAUCAAUGGCCUGCUCCAGCUGGCAGAGGCUUUGAUCAAGAGCCCCUCUCAGGACCAGAACCUCCCCGUGUACCUGAAGAAUCUUUCCAUCAGCAUAGGCAGGGAGGAGCGAGAGAUACAGUCAUCCCCUGGGAGUCUGGGUGCCAUCAUCAACAUCCUAGACUUGCUCUCAACAGUCCCAUCCCACGUGAAUCCAGAGAUGAUGAAGGAUGUGCUGGCCACUGUGAACAUCAUCCUGGGUAAGUCUGUCCUGGGCACCUGGGAGGCCCUACAGCAGGACCAGACCAGCCAGAGCUCACAACUGCUGCAUUCGAUGGAGCGGUUUUCCAAAGCCCUGCGGCCAGGAAACAGCACCUUUGCAUUCCUCCGCCACCCCAACGUGCAGAUGGGGAGCAUGACCAUCAAACCCGGAAACGCCCACGUCUACCAACAGAACUUUCACUUCCCUGACUCCGACCUCUGGGGCAACGUGACCAUUGAGAAGCAUCAGCUGGGAAACCUGCACCCAGAGACAUCGGUUGUCACUGUGGCCUUCCCAACGCUCAAAGCCAUCCUUGCUCAGGAAGCUCAGAAAAAGCCUUUUGCAAACAGCCUGGUGAUGACCACCACCAUCAGCCACAACAUCACUCCGCCCUUCGAGAUCUCCAUGACUUUUAAACACAACCAUGGAGCAGGAGGGCAAAUAAUAUGCGUCUUCUGGAACUUCAGCCUCUCCAACAACAGUGGGGGCUGGGACAGCCGAGGGUGCCGUGUGAACAGCGUCGACAGGGACAGCGUCUCCUGCACCUGUGACCACCUGACGUCCUUCUCUAUCCUCAUGUCCCCGGACUCUCCGGACAGGGGUUCUCUUCUGGAAAUCCUGCUGGAUAUCAUUUCCUACAUUGGUCUAGGCUUCUCCAUCCUGAGCUUAGCAGCCUGCCUCAUUGUGGAAGCGGUGGUGUGGAAAUCAGUGACCAAGAACCGGACGUCCUAUAUGCGCCACGUCUGCAUCGUGAACAUCGCUGCCUCGCUCCUCUUCGCGGAUGCUUGGUUCAUCGUGGCAGCUGCCAUCCAGGAACACCACUACCUACUCAACGACACAGCCUGUGUGGCCGCCACCUUCUUCAUCCAUUUCUUCUACCUCAGUGUGUUCUUCUGGAUGCUGACACUGGGCCUCAUGCUCUUCUAUCGCCUGGUUUUCAUCCUGCACGAGGCAAGCAAGUCCACGCAAAAGGCUGUCGCCUUCGGUCUCGGCUACGGCUGCCCCCUCGUCAUCUCAGUCAUCACAGUGGCGGCCACCCAGCCACGGGAGGUCUACAUGAGGAAGAAUGCCUGCUGGCUCAACUGGGACGACACCAAGGCCCUGCUGGCUUUUGUCAUCCCCGCCCUCAUUAUUGUUGUGGUGAACAUGACCAUCACCGUGGUGGUCAUCACCAAGAUCCUGAGGCCGUCCGUUGGGGACAAGCCCAACAAGCAGGAGAAGAACAGCCUGUUUCAGAUCAGUAAGAGCAUCGGGGUCCUCACUCCGCUCCUGGGCCUCACUUGGGGUUUCGGUCUGGCCACUGUGUUCCAGGGGAGCAACGCCGUGUUCCAUAUCAUAUUCACCUUGCUCAACGCCUUCCAGGGACUAUUCAUUCUACUCUUUGGCUGCCUCUGGGAUCAGAAGGUGCAGGAAGCGUUGCUGAACAAGUUUUUGCUGUCCAAGCGGUCUUCCCAGCACUCCAAGUCGUCGUCCCUGGGUUCAACUGCCCCUGUGUUCUCCAUGAGUUCUCCAAUAUCAAGAAGAUUUAACAACCUUUUCGGUAAAACAGGAACGUACAAUGUGUCCACUCCAGAAACAACCAGCUCUUCAGUGGAAAACUCCUCCAGUGCUUAUUCACUGCUCCGCUAAGCUCUGAGAACUGCAGCCACAUGGCCUCUUGGAGACAGCGAAGAGACCCAGGCAGAGCAGGGACACUCUCCGCGGGCACCUGGGAGCAGACACUGCAGAGACUUUCUCACCAAGAUUCUUUCUUCUGUAAAGACAGAGGAAAGGGAGUUGUUAUAUCUGCUUCUGCUCCCCACCCUGCCCCUCCUGUGACGCCCAGUGUGUAUAGUAUUUAAGUGAAACGAGCACCUCCCAAGGCCCAGCUUCUGUCUAUACUGUAAAAUAGAGUUCUAAAGAGACAUUUUCAUUACUUGCCAUUGGCUACAAAGAUAAGCUUUGAUUAAAAUAAUAAGUAAAAAA